UCUUUCCCGCACAUAAUCCUACCCCACUAUACAACAAAAAUACACAUCAACUAAACCCUAAUAAGCAUAUUCUCACUCACAAUAUCAACACUAUUAUCUAUCACCUUCUCUUCUCCCUAUACCUACCUCAUUUUCUUUCUUUCUUCAUCUUUUCUUUCUCCACUCACUCAUUCACUCAAACAAACACUUCACCUCUUCCCAUCACUCACUAUUCAACCUCAUCUUCUUCAUAUAUAUUAUAUAGCUAUUUUUAUUCUUAUUAUGAAUUUCUUCAUCACAAACUAGAUAUAGUUAUAAUUAUAAAGAUUUUAUCUCUAGAUCUAGUGAUCUACUUAGUUGAUCCAUCCAGAUAUAUCCAUCCAGACACAUGCGAUAAGUUCUUGGAGUCUAAAUCACCUAAACUUUCUGAUAUAAAAAAAAAAUAUACAUAUAUAGUUUUUUUUUGUUGUUGUUUGACUUGUUAGAAAUAAAUUAGGUUUGAGAUUUCUUGUGACCGGUUCAGUUGUGAUGGCGAACCGGUGGUGGACUGGACCGGUGGGUUUAGGUGGGAUGGACAACUCAGUCAACUCAUCACCACUAGUACCAAAACCGGAUCUGGGUUUUUCCAUGAACGAAAGUGCGGUAACAGGAGUAAACAACAACAAUAACAACAAUAACAACGAAGAAGACGAGAGAGAAAACAGUGAUGAACAAAAAGGAGGAGCUAUAGAAACAAGCAACUCCACGCGCCGUCCACGAGGCCGUCCAUCAGGAUCGAAAAACAAACCGAAGCCACCGAUAUUCAUAACAAGAGACAGCCCUAACGCGCUGAGAAGUCAUGUUAUGGAAGUGGCAUCAGGAACUGAUAUAGCAGAUAGUGUUGUUCAGUUCGCUAGAAAACGGCAGAGAGGUAUUUGCAUUCUAAGCGCGAGUGGGACCGUUGUUAAUGUUUCUCUCCGGCAGCCUACAGGUCCUGGAGCAGUGGUGGCGCUUCCGGGGAGAUUUGAUAUUCUGUCGUUGACUGGUUCGGUGCUUCCUGGACCUUCACCGCCUGGUGCUACUGGUUUGACUAUUUAUCUUUCUGGAGGGCAGGGACAGGUGGUCGGUGGUGGAGUGGUUGGACCGCUGGUGGCGGCAGGGCCGGUUAUGUUGAUGGCUGCGACUUUUUCGAAUGCAACUUAUGAGAGGUUGCCUGUGGAGGAUGGUGAUGAUCAGGAAGGACAGCAGGGUGGUGGUGGUGGUGGAGGAGGUGGUGAUGAGUCUCCCCCGGCUGGGAUGGGACAGUUGGCGGGUGGAUCGGUCGGAGAAGGCUCGUCGUCGAUUCCGGUUUAUAACAAUGUUGGUGGUGGUAAUUUGGGUGUUUCAAAUGGACAACAGUUGAUGAAUAAUCAUGAAGCUUAUAAUUCUCCUUGGGGUCAUGGUGGUAGACCACCUUACUAAUUAACAAAGGUGAAUCAUAUUAUGAAGGUUAAUUAAUUUCACUUCUCUUAUGUAUUGAAAGUUUUUGGUUUUUAUGUUUGAUUAGAAUAUCUCAGAGACUAAAUUGAAUUUCAUUAUGAUUAUCAUCAUUCAUGUA